AUGGCUCCGCGGGAAGGCUUGGGCAAGAUGCGGCUCGGAAGAGCCGGUCUGGUGGCUGCCGGAGCCAGUGUCCUCCUCAUGUGUUCUGUCGCAAUCAGGACGACAGACAGCAUCAAAGAAGGUCUGAGCUUUCUUUGGCCUGUCAGCUUCUGCCUCCAACGUCUUCCACAUCUUAGUGAUAGACAGGAGGCGCCAGCCCUACGAAGGUCUCCGCAGCGGUCUUCGCGGGUCCAUGGAGGCUCCCUGGUCGUGCCCUUGACCGCGGCCGGUGCCUCCCUGGUCGCGGUGAGCGUGCUCCGAGCUCGCGGCCCGAGUCGGGCCCGGACGGGGACGCUGCGGCGAGCUUUGGAGGACGAGGGGAAGCUCGGAAAGGCGAUGGCCGAGGGAAAGCUGGAAAAGGCUCAAGAGCUCAAGUUCGCGCCCGGCCUUAUCUCCCAGAGCCAUGGUGGAGACUACAUGAGCCAGUAUGCCGCGCCUUACCAACACUACAUGCAGGGCGGGUCCGGCGGUGGCUCGGGUUACCAGCAGUACUACAAGAAGUACAUGUCGCAAUACGGCUCCGGUGCUGCCGGAGGCUAUGAGAAGUACAUGUCGAAGUAUGCCGGCGACUACGCCAGCAAGUACAUGCCGUCCGGGUCUGCGGACGCUUCCGAAGACGCCGGGAAGCCCGUAAACUUCGCGGCAGCUGAGGAUGGAAGCUCCACCGCCAAGUCCAGGAAGGACUCGCCAAGCGAUUCACAGAACGGAGCCGGCUUCCAGAAGUACAUGGAUUACUCCAAGUACACGCAGGGCCACGGCUCCCAGGGCUCGCAGGGUGGUGACCACAAGCAGUACAUGGAUUACUCCAAGUAUACUCAGGGGCACGGCUCGCAGGGCGGAGAUUUCAAGCAGUACAUGCAGUCCUACGGUGGAGACUACAGCAAGUACAUGCAGGGGCAUGGCUCAGCCGGAGACGGCUUCCAGAAGUAUAUGGACUACUCCAAGUACACUCAGGGUCAAGAUCAUCAGGGCCCAUCUGGUCCGGCUUUGGUCUUGGCAUCAACUGGCCCCAAUGCCACUUCAAAGCAAUCCCGAUCUGAUGCUUCCGGGCGACAGCAGCUCUCCGAGGGUCAGCGUGAGGAGCGCGAGAGGCAGACGGAGAAGGAGCGCCUGCGCCAAGAGCUGCAGUCCGAAAAGGCGAGCCUUCGUGCUGAGCUGGCGUCCGAGAAGGAGCACCUGCGAGAUGAGCUUGCCGCCGAAGCCAAGGCAGCAGCUGCUGCCGCCCAGAAGGCAGCGAAGGCCGCUAAGGGCGAGCUUUUCGUCGCUCCUGAUCAGCAGAACACAGAGGAAGCGAAGGAGAGCAAGCUGCGCGAGGAGGAGAAGCAGCAGCUUCAUGAAGAGCUGGCCUCGGAGCGGGAGCGUUUGCAGAAGGAGCUUGCCCAGGAGGAGGAGCACUUGAAAGAGGAGUUGGCCUCCGAAGCUAAAGAAGAGCAGGCGGAGAAGGCCAAGGCCACCCCUCCGGCGCAGCUCGCAGCGAUUCCGGCCGGGUCUCGGCCGCUGGUCGCAACCGGUGCCCUUGCGCUUGCUCUGCUGGGAGCCUUUUCCAGCGGCUACACAUGCUGCGAAUUUUGCGUUCCGGAGAGACUGAUGGGAGGACGGCUUUUGUUUCGCUUGAUCCAUGCAGCUCUUCUUGCUUGCUUCCCUCCGGAUUGCUUCCCUUUCAACUUUUGCAGGCAUGCCAGGGCGCAUGCUAGACGCCUUCGAAUCAAGCUGCUGUUGAGCGUCCGCGUUGUGAAGCACGGUCAGACCAGACAUGUAAUCCUAGGCAGCCGAGGCACUCUGUCGGAGAAUUCCAAAAGACAUCUUGACGGCUCCGAGCGACAUCGCUCCAAAAGAAUGAGUGCACGCUUGAUCCACGAGGUGAACGAGGAGAAGAUGAGCGAGGGAGCAGUCGAAGAGCUUCGGAUGAUAGCACGUCAAAUCAUCCAUAAAGUCAUACAGAUCAACUGCCAGGAAUUGGAGAGAAAGAUGCUUAGCUCAGCAGAGGCUGGAAAGUUCGAGGAGGCUGCAAAGCACAACAAGCAGUUGCUCUCGGCUCAGCUAGAUGACGAGGGCAGCGUACUGACAGCAAAUGUCAAGUUCUAUGAAGCGUUCAACAAGCGAAAUCUUGCCUUGAUGAAGAAGUGCUGGUACAAUGUGCCGUUUGCACAAUGCAUCCACCCUUACGAUGAGGAUGGCCACCACCACACAGGCUACACUGACAUUUGCUCUUCCUUCGAGAGGGUUUUCAAGGAGUCCAAGAUGCAGACCCAGGUGUCCUUCGACAAAGUGAAGGUCAACGUGCGGGGUGGCACUGCCAUCGUGACCUGCCUGGAACGGCUCGUGGGCAAGAACUACAGGAUCAACCUGCGGGUCAGCCACAUCUUCCGGAAGAGCGCUGACGACCGAUGGAAGAUGCUGCACAGGCAUGCGAGCAAACCGCCAGGAGAGAGUUCCGGUCUGGAAGCAGACGAGGAGAGCUUUCAGCAGUUUCAAAAGGUGAUGCGAGCCGCGCAGAACGUGGGCCUGGGUGGCAAUUCGAUCGUCAUCCGGGCACCUUUCUUCACCCCGGAGCAUGAGGGCGAGGACGAGGGUCCCUUCGGCAUCGGUGGCAACAUGACCCCGGUACCAGUUGAGCAGGUGGAUGAUGAUCUGGAUGAAGGCUCGGAUUCGGACGAUGACUUGGAAAGCGAGCUCUAUGUUGAGUCAGACGACGAAGUGGAUGAAGUGUACGAGGCUCGAGAGGCCAUUGCUGGCCUGAGGAAGCUCGAAAUCGAGGGCGUGCUAACAAGGGAGCACAAGGUUCUCCUCUUGGCCGAGAUGAGUGACAACCCGAAGGAAAACAUGGCUGAGCGCGCUUAUAGGCUUCUUCUCCGCGAUGUAAACCCAGAGGACGACCCAGAGGACUACGAAGCCGCAUGGCAGGAUUUCGCGGAUUUGCUCUCCCUACAGGUCCAGCGACUCGACAAGGGUAAGUCAGGACGAAAACGGCAGGCAAAAGGAGGCGUCCCAGACAAAUCCUGA